GUCAUUGUCACGGCUGUAGCCACAGAGGGAUCACAGAACAGCUCCACGAUUAUCGGAAUUAAUUCAGUUUGUGAACGAUUUCAGUUGUCUGUACACAUUUUAGUUACAACGAACUGUAAUAUGCCGGUGGACAAACUUCUGUCCGUGUCUGAGAGUGAGGGUUACAAUUCCGAGGUGGCGGAAUGUUCUGCCCCCACAGAGUCGACGGUGUCCCUUGAUGCGGUUCCAAACUUUGUCACAAUCAAACCAACCCCCAUCCGUUCUCAACCACCAUUCCAGUCGGACUUCAGUAAAGAGGACACACAACAAGCGAGGAAGCACGAGCUCCGCGUGCAGAUGAUGGCUGCCCUUGCCCAAGUGGAGGCUCUCCGCUCUGACAUCCAAGAGGCUCGAGUCUGUUACAGAUGUCUGGAUCUGAAUAACCUCCAUCUGAAGACACAAGUCGGACAACUGUCGGAUCAGAAAGACUCCCUAAGGGAACAGGUGCAACGCUUGGGGAAGGAGGUGGACAUGCUGAAAGGGAAGGGACAGCGUGUACAUUCAGGGCAGGAUGAACGUGAUCUACUUGCUCAAAGGUCAGGGGUCAUACAGACCACAUGUUUUGACCAGACUGGCCAAGCCCAGAAUAUUAUGAUGUCUCAUGGCCAAGACAAGCUGUUACCAAGGCGUCAACUUGAACUCUCUCAAAGCAAUCUGCCAUCAAGGAAAGACUUGUCAUCAAGCGCAACCCAUUUGAUAGAACAUCGUAACACGGAACAAAAUGUACAGAAAUCGAAAUCUUUCUUUAAUGGUUUAAGCCAAAUGUUCCGAAGACACAGAUACUAAUGUGUGUAAAGUCUUUAACGAUCUAUGUUUGCAUAAACUUGAUAAUAACUAAAAAGAAGGUCUUGGUUAUGUGUCCUCAAUGGGCGUU